AUUCGAGUGAGCUCUGUUUAUUUUAAACAGGGGCUUUGGAAAGACAAACACAGCGAUUGCUCGUGAAUGAGCCAAGAUAAUUUCAAAUCAUUCCACAACUAGUCAAGCAGAUGAGGAAAGAGCAGAUGAAAUGAGUAACCGCUUCAGUGCAGCGAACACUGAAAUGUAACCAAAUUACCUGAGGAAUCCUGAGUGAUCGCUAGUGCGACGGCGUAGUGCUGGAAUGUACAAUUCUCCUUUCAUAUUUCGUGUUUGCUCUCUCUAGCGCAUCGGGCCUACAUAUUGAAUCGGGAGAUACACAGUGUGCGAACGGGAAGCUUCUGCUUCGUCGGUUCGGGUCGAUGUAAACUGCAAAAAUACUCUCAGCUCAUAUCGCUCAACGCAGUGGACGCGUAAGGAGGAGUAACGAAGAAAAUCCCACAGGUCGUUCGCUUUGCAUUUCGUUCUACGUUAACCAUCUUCUCGCAGUAAACGACCCGCGUCAUCUCCCGGACAUACUGUGCUUCCGCUGCAGUUAGUCAUCACAUACAAUUAAGCAACGAAUAUAAUUGUUCCCUUUAAUUUUACCCUCAUCGUCGAAACGCAAAACUGCAGUUUGCCCUUCACAUUUUUAGUUUAUCAUCUGUUUCUCAGCACCCGAGUUUACCCUGUUGCUCGGCUGUAUAGCAUAAAAAUGUCUGCCAUCAGUCUGUUGUGUGAGCUAAUCAAGGCAUCGGAGAAAGCGGCCAGUAUAGCGCGCGUAUGCCGGCAAAAUGAGCGUCUGUUUCAGUUGCUGGUGCAGGAGAAGGAUGAAAGUGAGUCUAAUUCGCGCUUCGAUCACGAUUUUAAAACACUAGCUGACUGUCUCAUACAAGAGAUGAUAAAGUACGACAUUGGCAAGCAGUUUCCGCAGUUACGUGAUAACAUUCGCGGCGAAGAAAAUGCCAAGUUCACAAACAAAGCGGGUGAUUCGGUUACGGUGACGGUAACAGAUGAUCAAUUGAAAACGACAAAAACGCUGGAAAAGAUUUUUGCCCCUGACAACGACGUGGUAGUGACGCUAGUGAAUGAAGUGUACCGAGAGGUAGAACUCGAUCUAGAGAGCCUCGAGUUGCCAUCCGACUCCAUACCGUUGGAUAAUGAUUGGUCGGAAUUGGGAAUUUGGAUCGAUCCGAUUGAUGCUACAGCUGAAUACAUCAAGGGCGAAGAGAAGCUCACUAAAUUCCCCAAUAUAGCAGCUACUGGUUUAAAGUGUUGUACUGUACUGAUCGGAGUUUACGAAACCUGCCACGGUACACCCAUCAUUGGUGUAAUUAAUCAACCGUUCGCCGAACAAAAUGAGCAACAAACCUCCGAAUAUCGCGGAAAAAUCUAUUGGGGCAUGUCGAUGGGCGAUUUAAAAUUCAACAACAUCGCCCCCCAUGAGCCAGAUGCGCGUAUCGCCAUACUUUCGCCGUCGGAACAGUCAAAGUAUGUUGAAUUCAUUCGCAAUCAACUGAAGUACGAUGUAAUCUACUCUGCCGGUGCUGGCUACAAAAUUUUAAAGAUCGCUACUGGCGAAGCGGAACUGUUUCUGCUCAGUAAAGGUACUACCUACAAAUGGGAUACUUGCGCCCCCCAGGCAAUCCUGCGUUCGAUGAACGGCGAUCUGUUCAAUCUACAAGAUACGCUGGUCAACAAAUCAGUAAAGAAGAUCUCAUAUCAGGAUCGCAAAACUAUCCGCAAUUUGGGAGGCGUCAUUGCUUACCAAAACAUUGGCAAGCUUCGAGAAUUUCUCAAGCUGUAAGAUAAUAUUGAACGGACGUAUACGUAUACACCUAACUAAACGCUUCUCCGUAUCAAUUAAUUCUACCAAAUACUCUAGCAGAGCAGAAUAGAAUUCGAAUGGCUGUUAUUCGUUGUUGAUAUUUAGAUAUAUUCCUGUUUAGAAGGCUAUCUUAGUAGUGCGUUCCGCUGGCGCGGUUACGCUCACACACGACGCAGACGCAUGGAUAUACAUCAAAACCCAAGGGAGAGUUAAUUAAUCAAUGAUAGAUUAUCUACCUGGCGAGACGGUAUUUUAUUUACACUUCUUGUAGAACUUAUAAAGAAACUGCGUUAAUUAAAACGACAUAAUCUAUUUUCCUGUGCCUGUAACUAGUACCAUUUGAUCAAGGUUUACUUGUACGAAUGAAUUAGUUUAUUAUAUGGACAUUAUUGUCUUUUAUACAUCGCAUUUUUCUGCAAAAGAUUCAUUCUGAAAACACACAUUCAACUACUGCUGAAGGUUGUUUAUUAUGAUUUGUUUUUUUAUUAUGAAGAAGUGGUACACUCAAAUCACAUAAGUCUUCAUUUUAUGAUAAUCUAAUUGAUGAAUUUUAGUUAAAUUAUCAAGCAUACGGUAUCAAUAAAUUAUCAGUCAAUAACAAUGUGAAUUACAGAGUAGGCCUAGUAGUAGGGAUAAAAUACAGAAAACGAUACCAAAAAUAGCAUACUAUUCGUGGAUUUGUAUCGUUGUGAAACGAAGAGCAACUGCUUGUAAGGUAGAGCUGUAAAAUAAUCUAGAGUGACAUUUUGAUGAUGUUAGAGCGUUUCUCUUGUUUGCAGUAGGCACAUAUUAGACGGAAACUGACGUAGAAAAUCGAUUGUGAAAAGAGUGAAGUUGAAUUAAUUCAUGUGGUAUAUUUUUAUUAGUUUUUGUUUGUUAGAGCUUGGAAAAAUACUGAUGUACACUAGAUGGUCGUAUUGAAGUAGUAACGAAUAUGGUAGAAACCAGACUAUCAUGUUUUGUGCCUGUCUAAAUUCUUCCUAUGGAUAUAUCUAGCAAAUUACAACGUAUUGAAAAU